AUGGGCGGACCCAAUCUGGAAGUCUUUAAGUUCGGACUCUACAUCUUUUUUCCUAUCGGCAUAAUGUACUACUUUGGCACGAACCUCGAUGGCAAAUUCAGCGUUCCCGACUUCUGGCCCAAGGAAGGACAAACGAACCGAGUACCCUACGAGCGGGAUGAAAUUGAGAAGGAAUUGAAGCGCAUGAAGGCGCGGCGACUGGCGCUCAGGGAGGAGAGGUUGGAGGAAGCGAAGCGAAAUCAGCGAAGACCUGUGCAGGGGGAAGAGAGCUAG